GCAAGAGUGAGCGAGAGAGAGAGAGACCGACCGGCGGCGCGCGUACGCGCGACAGAGCGCGAGCGGGACGCACAUUCGCGGCGGAUAGAGAGAGAGAGAGAGAGAGUACGGGAGGCGUGGAGUUGCAUGACGCUCGGGACGCGCCGUGACGCCAUGACGUAUCGACCGCGUUCGCCACGCGCGCUGACGUCACGAUCACGGCCCGAGUCAGACCGGGAGCACGUGAACAGCACGCCCGCGAUCACGCGGCGCCGGCCUGAUCGGCCGGCGCGGAUUGGCCGGCGGCCGGCGAGCCCCUCGCCGCGAUUGGCCGCGCUCGCGGCCGCGGUGCGAUCACGCAUACACGCAGCGGCACGGAUCGGCGCGUCCCAAGGCAGCGGCGACCCGAGAAAGCUUCAUUGCGCUGCGAGACGCCGCCACGUACGAACCACCGGCCGCUCCUGCCGAGCGCGUAAGCUCGGCCGCUAUCGUGUGUGUGCUCGUGCACUAUUUUCCCUUUUUUUUCUUUAUCUCGUUCCUCUCCCUCCGUUCGAGCGGUGCCUCGAGACCUUUCUUUUCUCUCUCUCUGUCCUGCCUGCCCGGUGCCGUCGGUCCUGCGCGAAUAUGGACGCGAACCAGGCGCCUCUUUCGCCGCCGGCCUCGCCCCAGCUGAAGCACAUGGAACCGCUGCAAUUGUCGUUCAGCGUCGCUGCUUUACUGGGGGAGAAGCUUCCGGGCCAAUUGGAGAAGACCGGGCGAAAGGACGAGGAGGAUCCUGCGCAUCCUGUCUUGCCGCCCACUCCUCAGCCCUCGGACACCGAGGAGGACGAGCCGCCGCGAAAGCGGCAAUGCGUCGAGCAGUGCGAGCUGGCGAAGCUGCUGCUAGACGGCACGCCGCCGCCGAGCCCGGAGCCAGCCCGGGUCUCGGUGAUAAUGCGCGCCAAUCGGGACGGCACUUGCAGUCCCGCGAAUUUAACGGGGAGCCCGGCGAUCGCCGGGUCAGCGCCACGUGAGCAGCAGCAGCGGGCCGUCGCGCGACAGCGAGCCAGUAGUCCGCGGGCGAGCGCGCGACCGGACGCUCCGCUGGUGGAGAACGUGCUGCGCAGCCUGAAGUUCAAGAUGAGCCUGCGUAAGGAGGAGAUCAUCGUCAACAGCAAGAACACCGACCGUGAGAGCAGCGGUCCGCAACAAUUACCCAGAUUGCAACCCCUGGCGCCGAAGCCGGCGCCCAUCGUGGUGGCCAGCCUGCUGGGCUCAUCCUUGGUCCUGCCCCGGGCGCCCCUCCUGCUCGUGGCGAACGCCGCGCCGGCGACCCCGGUCGCGCAGAUCGCGAGCCCGGUCGAGGCGCGUCGGCGCGUCUACGAGUGCGGGCAUCCGGGCUGCGGCAAGAACUACUUCAAGUCGUCCCACCUGAAGGCGCACACGCGCACCCACACCGGCGAGCGGCCGUUCCCGUGCCCGUACGGGGACUGCAACCGCCGGUUCUCCCGCAGCGACGAGCUCUCGAGGCACAAGCGCACCCACACCGGCGAGAAGAAGUUCGCCUGCGCGGUCUGCCAGAGGCGCUUCAUGAGGAGCGACCAUCUGGCGAAGCACGUGAAGCGCCACGCCAGGGACAAGUCGGCCUCCUCCACCUCUCCCCCCGGCCGGAUCCCAGCCUCGCAGGUGGCCGCGACGCCCUUGAGGGUGAGCCUGCUGCCGGUGCUGGCGCCGCGGCUGACGGCGCGGCCGGUCCACCAGCUGUUGCCGCCGCAGUUGGCGGCUUGAAAGCAACCGGACCGCGACCGCCAGGUCGCCUGAAAGCUGCACUUCGUGGUCCCCGCGCGUCUGCGUUGGUUCCCGUCCCCAGCGCGCGGAGACGAGGAUGGCGAGCCUCCAUAUUUCGAUACUCGAGCCGCUCCCGGGCGGGGGAGGUCGGGGGAGCGUCGACCGAGCGCGCCCCGCUGGAAGCACGUGCCGGCGGAAACUCGAUCUCGACCCGCAUCAUCUGCUCGGACGGAAGGGUGACGAAUGAAGGGCAUCGAGAUUUGAAGUAUGAGGAGGGGGGAGGAGAUAGGACGUAAAUCAGCUGACGUAUGUGAGCACGGUGGGAAGGACGUGGAUAUGCGAAGCUAAGCAGGUCUAGAGACCGAGGAGAGAGGGGGUGGGGGCAGAGGGCGUACUUAAGGAGACGUAGCAAAAAACACGAGACGGCGAUAAGUCACCGCACGCGAGGACUCGUCACCGUCCGGCCGAACCGAGUACCUAAGUGUGUCUGUGAUCCGUGACGUGUGAAGGCUAGUGUACAGUUGAGUUUUUGAGAGGGCGAUCACGAGAGUCGCUCGCGUGUAUUCGGCGACGCGGCCGACGCUCCUCAGGUCGAGGAGCCACCACGACGGACGUCGUCGUCCGUGUUGGAAACGACGACGUCCCAUUCAGAUCAGACGCGAGAGAAGAACUUUGGACACUCGAGUCGCUCUCGACGAGCCAGCUGCUCUCUCUCGGUGAACAGAGGCCUCAGCUCGGGUGGAGCAGAAAGUCACGAUAACGUCGAAGUAACGGUGAAAAUGGCGAGAAAGCGCGAUCGGAUCGUGAUCGAAAGGUGACGGCGCAGACGGCAGCCUGAAACCGAGACACGAGACGUCCUUGAGACGUAUCUCAAUGGUCUUGUGUACCAGUUCGAGUUUUUCCGCCGUACGAGAAGUCACAGUCAUUUUCUCACGUCAUCGUGAUUUUUCUGUUCCACUUCGCGCAGGAAAACGCGAGCGCUAAUCGAGCGCGUUGACCGAGAGACAGAGGGAGGGAGGGAGAGGGGAGGAGGAAUAAUAUUUAUUUAUGAGGAAGCGAGAUGUGUGAUUAUGAUUUAUGUACAUAGCAGUUAUGUAGCGGCUUCUAAGAUUACAGAGAUCGCCGAUGGCUAGUUUAAACAUGUUGAUCGUAGACAGAACGCAGGGCCGGAUCCAACGGCGAGGUCGGAGAAGCUUCCCCCUCGGGAGGGGGACGAUUUUGUUGCUAGUUUUUGUUGUCUUCGAGAGUCGCACGAUUCUCACGGCGUUUUCUCCGGGGCCUCGCGACGUGUUGUUUUCUUCUUCCAGAGUUUAUCCGAUAUUUCUCGUGUCCGCGCGCACGAGGCCUCUCGUAAUCGUCGCGGUGCGCCCGGGAAACGUCCAUAUCGUAUCACGGCCGGUUGAAGGAAUUUCGCCCGGUGUCACAAGACUUCACUGUACAUAUGUAUCGUUAAACUGUGUAAAGAUUUUUCUACGGUCAAAUAAAUAAUUGUAUACUUUCGUAAGAAUCGUUCGUCGAUCCAGCUGCCGUUGCGUCUCUUCCCUCUCGUCCCCCUUGCCGCUUCCGCGACCUCUUGUUAACUCGUGAAACGUUACAUAAAUAAGAAAGAGAUUUCUUCGGAUUUAUGUAACAUUCGACUUUUUAUUGAAACAAGCUUGUCUUUUGAAACGGAGCGAGCGGGCAAAUGUUCGACUCAGCGAACAGGAUUGUUCGGUUUCUCAAACAGUAAGUAUCUUCACAUCAGAUGAUAUAUUUUUCUGGUACUUUUACUCCAACGUUGCUGUGGUUGUCGGUAAAUCGGUUGAAAAAAGUAACGCCACGUUAGAAAGAUGUUAAGGAAAUUAUAAAUAUUAAGGAGCUUCUUUUUGUUCCAGUGGAACAAUACUUAAUGUGUAACGAAAUAAAUUUCUUCCCAUUGAAAAGCAA